AUGCGCGGGAUGCUGUCGCUGUCGCCCUUGUUGGUGUUGCCUGCUCUCAUCGGCCAAGUUGUCGCCACCAGUCCGACUUUCCCCAAUGGGACCGAGAGGGACGAAAAUGGAACCGAUGCCGACGCUGAUGAUUCCAAGAGAAAGUCCGCCUCUCUUGAGAAGUUCUGCUCGGCUCAGUUGAAUAGUUUCGUCGCGACAUAUCAGAGUACAGAGAUUGCUACUAGCAGGUGGACCUGGUAUGAAGGUUUUGGACCGACUGACUCUCUGGGAGAUCUGACGGGAUCUGUCACCUCUCAAACCUAUUGGACCAGUACUUUCUUGUAUACACAAUAUGCCAUUCGCGCGUACACGCCAAAGCCACCAUGUUGUAGUUCCUGCUAUAUGACAGCAGGCACAAUCGACUUUUAUUUCUGGCCAGAUCAAGCAACUCCAACUGCACCAGCUCCCGGCCAACCUAGUACAAGUGUCGACGCGCAAGGAUUUACCUUUACUUCGCCAAGUGUGUACAUGGCCUUUAGUUCUUUGGUCGCAAGCAACAAAUGUGGCCAAGUAGGAGACGCCUGGACCAGCACGACCAUAGGCUUUGACGCUUCGGAGAUUACAACUGCCAGGCCCAUCACCACUCUGACACAACUUGAAUCCGACUAUGUCUCCGAAGGCUCGACAUACAGGAUGAUGGGAUCAGCGAUAACGACACAACCUCCACCAAAGUCUGUAGACUUUGAUGAAGUAGGACAGAACUGCUCUGCGAUUUCUGGAUACGUUUAUUGGCCCGAUAAUCCCAUCAACGCGGCGAACGCAAUGUAUCACGACGACCCUUGUCACCCCGUCAUAUUACUGCCACCAAGAUUGAUCAGCAUGCAACAGCCCUGGAUCAAUUCAAAAUGCGGAGCAGAUCCAAAUCUGAGCGGAGCAUACGAUCCACCGAGAGUGCUGACACCAAUGCUCACCGGCACUGAGCUCGCUACCCCAACAGCUGAUUGGGGAGGUCGGGUCAACGGAGACGGAGAUGCUAGCCCAGCGUCCAGCGUUGAGACUGGUGCACCUAGCACGACAACAAGACCAGUUUCUACUGGUGUCACCGCGGUCUAUGAAUCAGCCAAGUCUUCGCCAUCAGCGGAGUACGCAUCAACCGUUACAUCGACUGCAAGUGCUGCGACGACAGCAAUUGUGUUUUCUGGACAUCAUGUUGGCCCUGAUUCGGUCACUGGCAUGGCUGGUGCCAUCCUCAGUGGCCUUGGAGGCGGAUCUGGAUCUAAUACUGGAUCUGGAUCCGGAUCUGGAUCUGAGUCUGAUUCUGAUACUGAACAAAGCGCGUCCAAAUGGAACCCUACUCAGGCCGUUGGAUCAUCUGUCAUUACUGCUUCUCCUUCAAUCUCACCUUCUAGCAGUGGAAGCGGCAAGAAGAUACAGAGCAGCAGUAGCAACAGCAGGGAGUCGGCGUCUGCUUCCGACACAGCUAACAGUGCCACGAGUGUGGCUCAGGCUGGUGCCACACAAAGUGGUGCAGCUGCACCUGCCUUGUUCGCCACCAAUCCGGCGAUAUGGUCAUUCCUCGCGCCAAUAUUUCUUUUGUGGAUAUGA